GCUUCACCUCAAGUGCUAGAAACCAACCACAAGGUCCAGAGAGAGUUUCCUAUGGGACAGGUGAAUGUCUAGUCUGCCACGAUCCAGCACAUCGCGUUAAACACUGCGAUAGCUUUAAACGCAUGAGCCUUGAAGCACGACAAGCUACCGUGAGGAAAUUCAAACUGUGCUAUGUAUGUUUGGGAAUGCAUGCGUCCAAUCUAUGCAGAUCCAGAUACGUCUGCCAAGUUUCGGGUUGUCGAGAACGACACCACACGCUACUUCACGAGGGUCCACCAGAUUCCACACCCACGUAUACAACGGCACAGUAACCGUCGAAACCUUGGCGUUCCUGGAUGAAGGAUCGUCUCUCACACUGGUGGAAGCAGCGUUAGCGGAACAACUUGGGCUGAAAGGGGAUCCGGAUCCGCUAGAGCUUCAUUGGACUUCCGACGUCAAAAGGAAUGAAGCUACUUCUCGUCGCGUCAGUCUGCAGAUCUCGGCAAAAGGGGGUGAGCGGCGCUAUUCAAUAGCGGCCGCUCACACUAUCAACAAGCUAAGUCUUCCACCACAAAACCCAAAUUUAAAACAUCUGAUAAGAAACCUUUACUACUUGCAGGACAUUCCACUUCUCACCGUCGACCACCCCGUUCCACAAGUGCUCAUCGGGUUAGCAGACGUAGAAUUGCUAAAACCGCUGGAAACACGUUCGGGGCAGCCUGGAGAGCCGAUCGCCGUUCGCAGUGCGCUAGGGUGGGCCAUUUAUGGAACGAUAAAUGCAAGUAAUAAGGAGAGAUGUCAAAGCGCUCAUUAUCACAACACCCAUCUGAUUGAGGAUAGCCACCGAUCCUCCAGCAACAAAGAAAACAAUGAUCAAGAACUGAACGAGACCAUGCGGCAGUACUUUGCGUUAGAGGAAAGUGCUGUGUGUUCCUUUAACAAGUUCCUGUCAGAACCUGAAGAUGUGCGUAGGGCAAAAAUAAUAUUAGAAACCACUACAACUAAGUGCAAUGGCCGUUACACUACGGCUUGUUGUGGAAAAGCGAUGAUUUCCGUUUCCAGACAGUAA